AUGGAUGGGAGUAAAAGCUUACUGGGGGCAUCAGUCGAGGAGUUGUCCUUGUAUGACAUCUUCUUUGAAAUCUUGCACGUUAGGGUUCUUUUUCUUGCUGUCGAUCCUCCACUUCAUCCCCCAAGCGCUUUUUGCGGAUUCAAUUUUUCCACUGGAACACCGGACGAGCUCUACGAAUGGUCCUCACACCUCCCUCUCGCCCAAAUCCCAGCUCACAUUCUCAUUCCGGUCCUCGAUAGGCUGUUUUUCAUCGGUACUGAGGUCCCCCAUCUCACUUCCAGCGGCAUACAUUCGUUGCAUAUUCUCAGGUCUUCAUGCAGAGAGAUCUGUGACAUCGUUUAUUUAUGGCUUGAACGAGAUGAGGUCCAAAUUCUGCUAAGAAAAAUCAGAGAUGAUAUCCUUAUUCGUGGCCCCAUACAACUCUCACGAAAAAAUGCGGAUUCUAUCAGCAUCCCACGAGAGAAUACGCUACCUUAUAACGCGGCAGCUAAAUGUGUGGAUUGUUUCAAGUUUCUCGUCGAGCACCGCCUCGUCGGUAUCGAGUAUUACGACGAGACUGGAAGAAACUAUCUCCACGCUGCUAUCGACAACGACAACAACGACUGCCUGCAAUAUCUUCUCAAUAUCAUGACCCCAGCAGACGUCGAUCGAACUACAGACAUGACCCUCAGUCGGCUAUGUGGACAUCCUCUUGUUCAACUAGCCGAAAAGCGUAACCAAAGCGGGUUUGAAAUGAUCCUACACCAGCUUCUUGGACACUACAACCCGCUUGAUCUUUUUGACGAGGACGAGUUCAAGCUCAAGUUAUGCGCAUUUAUCUCUCCAGAACUAGCUGAACAGCUCUUCAUCAUGGACCUGAAUAUUGGCAACGCAAAAGACGAGCUUGGAAGGACUUCGUGGCACGCUGCAGCGCAAGGGAAUCCCCACGGAGAGGAUUUUAUGAUCUGGCUCUUAAGUCGUGCGGGAACGGAGCCGACAGUCAAGGAUCACAAGGGCAACAACGCAUUGAUGCACGCCGCUCGGGAAAAUCGAAUUACAUCUAUACAAUGGCUGUGCAGCUAUGUCGACCCAAUGGAGCCCUGCAUUGACGUGACCGCACAGGGAAGCCAAGGAGAACCAGCGUACGCACUCCGACUCGCUUCUGCGUCAAGGGAAGAUAAUAGCCCAGAUAUCUUCUGCGGGAUUAUGACGCGCAUGCCUCGAGACUAUUUCGCGAAAAUGGAUAACUCCAUCGGCAUCAUAAAAUUUAUCUGCGACACCCUUGCUGCAACACGACAUAAAUUGGCUACGCGGCAUCUUAAUCCCAUAGCUGCCGACCGGAAGGAAUGGGAGAAUGCCUGGCGAGUAUCCGCUGCAAAGUGUCAGAGGCUUCGCAGUCAUCUCGAGAAAAGGGUCUUUCAAUAUGGUCCUAGUGAGUGGCAUGACACUCAUGCGAUGAAAGCAAUAUGUGGAUAUGCGCGUGAUCUGGAUCUUCCUAUGCUGGUGCAUAGCAUCGUACCCCUGCCACCAGCGGGCAAGGUUUGGUACCGCAUCUUCAGGAAGCGGGAGAGGAGAGGAGAGCGGAGAUGGCCCUGGACCAGAGCGACUUAG